AUGUAUUCAACCUCCACUAGAGCCGUGAGACAAUUGGCGGUCAGAACGCCGGUUUCCAGAGGCUUUUUAGCUUUGCCAGUGCGCAGAUUGUUAUCCAUCCCAUCUUCUCAGCCAGCAUCAUCGCUAUUCUCAGCAAACGGAUUAGCUAAGCAGUCUAGGUUUGCAGUUGGUGGUGUAAGAAAGUACAGCGUCCUUUCUGAAGAAACCCCUGCCACUUUAUACGAUUACAAAGGCAUCAAGGAUGUUGUCAGCAACCCUGCCGCACACCCGGAUUCUGUCGUGAUCGAUGUCAGAGAACCAGUCGAGUUCCAAGAUGGCCACAUCCCAUCAGCCAUAAAUCUUCCAUUCAAGACUUCGCCAGGAGCACUUGGACUUUCAGAGGAAGACUUCUUGGAUCAAUUUGGGUUCGACAAGCCUGCCGCCGACAAGGAAUUAAUCUUCUAUUGUCUUGCUGGGGUCCGUUCCUCAGCCGCUGAAGACUUAGCCAGAACGUUUGGCUACAAGAAUAGAGGAAACUACAUCGGCUCAUACGAAGACUGGUUAACCCAUGAAAACGCAGCCAAAUAA